UUCAUUUUGUCCGUGAAGACGGACUGGUCCGAGCCGUGGCUGCUGGGGCUGGGGGGUUUCUUCCACGUCCUGUGCUUCCUCCUGACGUGCAUCUCUUUCCAGCACUACCGGGUGCAAAUAGGGCACUUCCUCUGCAUGGUGGGCUUAGUGUACUGCGCUGAAUAUAUAAAUGAGUUAGCAGCCAUGAAUUGGAGGCUGUUUUCUAAAUACCAAUACUUCGAUUCAAGAGGAAUGUUUAUUUCACUUGUAUUUUCAGCACCACUACUGGUGAAUACUAUUAUAAUUGUGGUCACUUGGGUUUACAGAACUUUGAAUGUAAUGACCGAACUGAAGACACUACAGCAGAGAAUGAAAGCAGAAAAAGAGAAAAAGAAGUGAAAGCACCUAACACUAUUUUUUAAAUUCUAAUAAUACUUGUCCAGGUAAUCAGGCCUUCUGUAUGUUUAUCCUGA